AUGCGGAGGGGGUGCCGGGCUCCGGGGCUGUCGGACAGGCUGUGCAGGGUGCUGUGUGUGAGUGGCAAUGUGUCCCCGAGCUGCGCCGAGCUCCCCCCAAACACACACACACACAGUGAGAAGCUCCCGGUCCGCUCCCAGCCGCCGCCGCUGCUCCUGUUUGGAUGGAUCACUCCGGAGCUCGCAGCGCG